UCUCUAGAAUCGGUGGUAAAGAAGAAGAGCACGCAUUACAACCAUUACACCACCGUAAAAUAUUUAUUGUUUUGAUUAAUUUUAAUUACAUUUAAUUGUUUGUUAAUUCAAGCUUGUUUUUCUUCUACUUUGUUUAGAUGCAUUUUUCUUAGUGUUGAACGUCGAUAGAGGCAAUCAAGCAGCCCCUAGCUCCGGUUGGCAAAAAAGAAAUUUCAAGACCUUUGAAAUGGAACCUCACUUAAACCAAAUCGCAAACCCUGCGAUUGAAAUACGCAAAUUGCCUCCAAGCAUUAUCAGAGAGCUGGCCUUAAUCCUAGACUAUGCCGACUCUUGGAAACGGCUAAUGGCCAUUAUCCCCAAGAAACUCAGCUCCAACGGAUACAAAAGCGACAUAUCCCCCACAAAUUUGCCCAAAUACAACUCGGAACAUUUCAAAAUAAUCGAGCUGGGAGGCAUUCAGUAUAAAAGGUCUUGCAGCGAAAUUUUGUUUGAUGAAUGGGGCACUUCGGGCCGGCCGAGGGCUUCGCUGGGGCAUUUGAAGUAUCUUCUGGCCAAAGCCCAGUUGUUUCGAGCCGCGGAUUAUUUGGCGAAACUGUUAGGCGAGGAUCCGCCAGUCAGACCAGCUAAUGGGCCUGCUGCUGUUAUACCCACAAGUUUGUCCGAGAUCCAGCCCCAUCUUGAUACGUCUACUGCUGAGGUGGAAAAGCAGCUGGAUGAGCUGAAUUAUCCUCAAAUCGCCAUACAGAAAAUCAGGAAAAAAUCCAUUGAAGUCAAACAUCUCGUUCCAGUAAUUCCUGAAAUAGUGGUAAGUGAAGUGAAGUCUAAACCAGAUCCGCUGGAGCCUCCCCUAGUAGUGCCAAGGGCAAAGCCCCAAUUCCCUCCGGCCCCUGAAGUCUCAGACAUGAUAAAGUUUUCCCUGGACAGUGUUAGCGAUGAUUCUUCUGAGCUCUCAGCAGUAGUGCCUGAUUUAUCUGCCCUUUUAUCACACGAUCAAUCAGAGGCGCCAGCCGCUGAAACGGAAAAUGGCAAUUCGGAGUUUAUCCCAGUCUUCAGUAAACUGCUACUAGAUCCUGAUAAAACCCAGUCAUCAGCUACAGAAGACGAUCUGAAUACAUCAGACGAACCUUAUGAAACUGAUCUUAUCCCGGCUCUGAGCAUAUUGAACAAGAGUUCAGUAAAAGAAGAUUCCGAAUUAAUACCCGACUUCAAUAUGCUGAUGUCCAGCAAUGAGAGUUCCAAGUCCAGUUCAUCGAAUCCGAGUUCAGCAAAAUGUUCUUCACCUUUACCAAACCUCUCCUUGAACACUCUGCUUCCUCACUUCACGUAUGCCCAGCUGGAAGUGGCUACUGAAAAUUUUUCCUCCGCUAAGGAAAGCGGUCGGUUUCUGGGCGCUGGAGCGUUUGGUUCAGUUUUUCUGGCUACCGGCUUGCUGGAUAAGCCUGUAGCUGUGAAGAAAAUUUUUCUGGAAAACGUCGAGAUGGUAAGUGAGGGCGACCAGGUCACUAAACAAUUCAAGAACGAGGUGGAAGUUUUGUACAAAUAUAAACAUGACAAUUUAGUGUCUUUACUGGGAUAUUCGUGUGAUGGCUGUACAUACUGCUUGAUUUACGAAUAUGUGCCUGGAGGUUCGCUUUUCGAUGCCCUGCAGAAACAUCCAGGAACGCUGUUGUGGAAGCAACGGGUAAAAAUUGCUUUGGGAACAGCCAGGGCUGUAGCCUACUUGCAUACGGCGUUCUCCACACCUUUGAUACAUAGAGACAUCAAGUCGGCAAAUAUUCUUUUGGAUGGCGACAAUAAUGCCAAACUGUGCGACUUUGGCAUAGUAAAGCUGCUGCCUGGGCAGUUAACAGCUGUAGAAACUUCGCCUUGCGGCACCUCAGCUUAUAUGUCGCCAGAAUAUCAUAGGGGCGACAUCUCAAUCAAGCUGGAUACUUUUAGUUUCGGCGUUGUUCUUUUAGAGCUGUUGACUUCGCUUGCGCCUCUCGACUACAACCGGCAAGGAGCUGAUUUGGUAACUUAUGUGGAAGACCAAUGCGAGCAGUCCAUCGCUCCGAUUCUCGAUAAGUCCAUUGGAACAUGGGAGGAAAACGAGAUCAAUUUUGCCGAAGAGCUUUACCUGGUCACACUCAGGUGCUUGGAGGAUAAAAAGAAAAGGCCUGUGAUGGCCGAUGUGGUGACAACGUUGGAAACUAUACAGGAAAAACUCAUCUAGUUGGUUAUCAAAACUGGAGUUUUUUCCAGGAAUUUGCCUUCAUUGGGAGCACUAUUUUGCCUUACGUGCACCAGCUUUUUGUGCAUGAUAUAAGCGGGUUUGAACCAAUUAGGUUCUGUGAUAGAAAUGAAGUUAUUAUAUACAUAUAAGACAUAGUAUAUCUAUUUUUUAUAUAUUGACUCACAAGUAUGUAUGCUGCAAUUUGUCUACGCCUGCAAAUUUACGUAAUUUUCUGCUUUGUGAUAUCUUAUGUAUUAUUUUAUUUUAAAUAUUAAAAGAAUUAACUUUCACUGAGAAAAAUCCCAAAGAGCCCCAAUUAUUUCACUAGCCCUACUCACCCCCAUGUAUUUGCCUGUUUAUUAGAUAUUUUUAAGGAUGAACUGUACUUAAGAAGGAACAAAAAUCGAGUCAAAUGCCUUUUUUUGUAAAAGGUGGCCCCAAAAUCCCAAGAUCUUGGCAAAAAGGCAAAUCGAGUUAGGGCUAAAAUCGUAUCGCGAAAGUUGCAUAUUUUCACUUAUAGCUGGGAAACCGUUGAAACUAUCGCAAAAAUAAUUAAGGCCUUUUUGAUAAACAGUUUUUUGCGCUAUAUUUUACUACUAGACUUCGUGAGAUAUUUUCACAGUUAGAAGCAAAAAUGUUAAAUUUUUAGUGCAUACGAAGUUAUAUCUCAAACAGCUGUAGAGAAGCAGAGUCCUAAAAACCACUUAGAUAGAACGUUUUUAAGUUAGUUUCUUCUUAGAGGCUUUAUCAAGGAUUCUUAACCCCUAAGAGAUAGGCACAAAAAAGUUUCCACAGUUAUGAUAUCCUAUUUAGCCAACUUUCCAUGAUAUUCUAUUUCGCAGCUAAGCAUAAGGAAAUAUCUAAUUAUGCUUACGAGGUACAUAAUGUUCUUUAGUUUCACAGAUAGCAUGUAAACUCAUCAGCAUUAAUUCAGUAUAUAUUCUCACAAACCUGUAAUAACGAACAGUUGUAUCUUGAAGCUGAAAUCCAUAUCAAUCGAAAUAAAAAUUGUUUUAAAAACU